AUGUCGAUCCGUAUAGCUCUGGCAAACCCGCCCGAGUUUUACACCAACCUGGAUGUCAUUUCCGGCAAGAUCAUACUUGGAAUCAGCCGGCCCGAGUCAAUCGGGGCCGUCAUCGUCAAACUUGAGGGCGAGUCCAAAACAGCACUGGGUGCCCCGGAUGCAACUGACCUCCAAAUUGGUGGCGCAAAUCGACGACGGACUACUGUCACGGAAAACUCACAAACCCUUCAUGAGAACCACAAGAUUCUCUACAAAGUCCAGCAAGUGUUUCCCGGCGAGAAUGUCCCUGCUUACGCCACACCGGUCGUCCUUAAUCCAGGUCAACAUGAGUGGCCCUUCAGCUUCAAAGUCCCCUUCAACAAUGCCUGCGGCGAUCCCAACGCGAUGGUCAAGAUUGGCGGUCUGGCUGGUGCUGGGGGCUUUGCUGGCCCAAGUUUCUUCGGCAUGGGCGGCAUCAGGUUGAUGGAUGGAAGCAAGCAGCUACUUUACCCGCACGUUACGAAGACACUGCCUCCGAGCUUCACAGGCUUCCCGAGGGAGGCAGAGAUUAGAUAUUAUGUCAAGGUGACAAUCCAACGGCCAGGUCUUUUCCGGGAGAACAUCAGGCACCAGCUCGGGUUCAAGUUCAUGCCCAUUGAACCACCACGUCCGGCACCGUCAAAUCAGGAGGGAUACGCCAGACGGCCCUUCACAUUCACUCCCAAGAGCCCAGGGAGCAAUGGCAAAACACAUUCACAACCAAAGAGGCAAUCCGUUUUCAGCCGCAAGCCUAGCUCAAACAACCUCGCAGCCAAUGGCGCAUCCUCUUCAGACCCAGAACAACCUCCGUCGAUAGAGAUUUCUGCACGGCUCCCACAUCCUGCCAUCCUCACGUGUAACAAACCCAUUCCGCUGCGUCUCCUCGCCAAGAAACUGGUGGCAACCAGUGCAGAAUGCUACUUGGUGUCACUUCAGAUCGACCUGGUUGGCUCCACCAUUGUCCGAUGUCAAGACCUCGUCAACACGGAGACCACACGCUGGGUGGUCGCCACUCGCCACGGCCUCGCCAUUCCACUCCAGAAGGGACCAGCCGAUGCUGUCGGCACUGAAACGGAAGUCAACAACGUGUUGUGGAACAAUCACCCCUUACCCAAUACCAUUAUGCCAAGUUUCAUAACAUGUAAUCUCAAGAGAACAUACGCGCUAGAACUCAAGCUCGGCGUUAGCUGGGGCAAACCGCCCGGGGCUACGACCGCCAUCCCGGAUGACACGACCUCGCACUCUUCCCUGCCCUCAAUGAUGAAGAUGGGAAAGUCCAAAGGCAAAGGAAAGGACCCCUCGUACAACCUGGCGCAGACCAUGUUCCUGCCCCUGCACUUCAGCUCGGUCCAGGUGUACUCCGGUCUCGAACCACCAGCGAGCCUAGCCGAGGCCGCCAUGAAGGGCCGCAGACAACAAACACAACAGAGACCGUCCGCCCGCCCCAGCCAGUCCGCGCCCGCGCUCCCGCCACGACAAGAACGGCCGCACGACCCGCUCUACCCGCCGCAGCUCCGGCCCGGGCAGACAGCCGCACAAGCGCAGACGCAGGCACAGGCUGCUGCUGCGGGUCCUGCCGCCGGUGGCAAUCCCGCCGCGGAGGCUCCGCCGGCUUACGAUGACGCGCCGCCGAGUUACGAUGAUGCGAUGGCGGAUGCCAUGGUAGAGCCGGUCGUGCCGGAUGGUAGGGCGAGGCCCGCGUGGAGUGGGGUGACGAACGAGAACUCCCCUGAUAGUUUGCCAGGGAAGAGUUGA